UCAAGCCAAGGUCGUUUUUAGCUCAUUAGUAUGGGCGGGUAUAAGAAGGAGCAAAAAACAAGAACAGGUCAGACUCACCGUAAAGUUCCUACUGACAGGAGGUUUGAAUAUCUUGCAAGUAGUCAGUCGAGAGGUUAUCGCCGAGUGAUGAAGAUGCCCCUGUGUACUCGUAUCACUGUGCUGUUGUUUGUGGCGCUCUGUGCUACCGUACUAGUGGCUGAGAAAGAUGGAAUGGAGGACCAGGGACUGAGGACUCGGGAACAGGCUGAUGAGUUAGAGCGACGUGGCAUUCCCACCAACGCAGAACUCAAUAACAGACUGGAAAGCAUCGAGAAAGAAAUGAAAGCCCUUCUCUCAAGCGGAGCAACAGUCCCAUGGCUUCGAGGAAGAGACGGAAAGGACGGGAAACCGGGUCUGAACGGUAGAGAUGGUCGUGAUGGAAAACCAGGGAGAGACGGAAAGGACGGAAAACCAGGACUGAAUGGUCCAAAGGGAGCGCCCGGUGCUCAGGGAGGGACUGGUGCGAGGGGUCCCCCCGGUCCCAGGGGGUCCUCUGGUGUACAGUACGUGCGAUGGGGGAAGACCUCGUGCUCAGGCUCCGCGCUGCUCGUCUACAAAGGGCGUGUCGGCGGGGAGUGGUAUGAUCACCCUGGAGGUGCGGCAGAGUACGUGUGUCUCCCCGAGACCCCCCAGUACAUAAACUUCACCCCGGGACAUCAGCACAGCGGCUACAUGUACGGCGCCGAGUAUGAAGUCCAUGACCGCAGCCCCUUCACACGUGGAAAAGCCCUACAUGAACACGAUGUCCCGUGCGCCGUGUGUUACGUCCCGUCCCGCAGCACCCAGCUCAUGAUACCCGCAGUCGCCCGCUGUCCCGCGGGAUGGUCCCGCGAGUACUACGGCUACCUGAUGACGUCACUCGCCGGUCACAAGCACUCAAGUCAGUUCGUGUGCGUGGAUCACGAUGCCGAGUAUGUCCCGGGUACUAGCCCUAACCAUAACGGAGCCCUGCUGUUCCCCGUGGAGGGGAGGUGUGGGACACUACCGUGUGCCCCGUAUGUAGAAGGGUAUGAGCUGACAUGCGUAGUCUGCACCAAGUGAUUCCAGUUGUACGAUUGAUGGAAUAAUAAAAUAUUUGUAAGGUGUAGGGUAACAAUGUGUCUAGUUCGCUCACAAGCUGUUGCAUGACUGUUUGAAUAAUAAUAAAAGAAAAGUUAUCGGGUUUAUAGUAUACGGUGCUCUGCUGUUAUUCACAGCAGUCGUAUGUCUAAUGGAAAAAUAAAUCUUUAAAAAAAAUUGAAAUUGUGUAGUGUAAAUAUAUUCUGUCUUGUUUGCUUAGAACAUAUAAAAAAUAAACUAAAUAGAUGUUUGUCUAUGCCAUA